CUGCGCAGCCGCAGUAGGUGUCAGCGUCACUGUCGGUCGGAGGCAGCAGCUCCGGUGCCGUUACCGACUCAGCGGUCACGCACGGACCCCGUAUCCCCGGUUUAACCGAGCUGAGGCGGCACACGGCGGGACGGACACCAUGGAAGACGCUCCCCGGCGGCUCUGGAGCAGCAGCCACGGAGAUCACAGCUCGCUGGUCGGCUCCGGACGGAGAGUUUAACCGCUGAUCACCGACCGUUCCUCCGCUUCCUCCAUCUUGGCGCCAGUGAUGGAGCACAUCCGGACCCCCAAGGUGGAAAACGUCCGUCUGCUGGACCGGUCGUCGGGCCAGAGGAAGGCCAGCGUCGGGACGCUUUACCUCUCUGCAACGCACACCAUCUUUGUAGAGAACAACCCGGAGACACGCAAGGAGACCUGGGUGCUCCACAGCAUGGUGAGCAGCGUGGACCCCCCCUCCACGCCCAGCGGCAGCCAGCUCAUCCUGCGCUGUAAAGACUUCCGGGUCUACCAGAUCCGUCCCCAGGAGAGGGACUGUGUGGACGUCCACGCCUCGCUGGUCCGGCUGUCACGGCCAGAGAAGUACAGUGAGCUCUACUGUCUGUCUUUCAACCCCAACGUGAACAAAGAGGAGAGGGAGGCGUCCUGGAACUUCAUCGACCUCAUGGCCGACUACAAGAGGAUGGGGGUUCCUAAUAACCUCUGGGUCUCCACCGCCGUCAACAGCGAGUACAGGGUGUGUGAUACUUACCCUUCAGAGCUGUUUGUUCCAAAGUCGGCCUCCACCGGCGUCAUCGUGGGCAGCUCCAGGUUCAGGAGUCGAGGACGGUUUCCUGCUCUGUCCUACUUCCACCAGGACACUCUGGCGGCGGUGUGUCGGUGCAGCCAGCCGCUGUCGGGCUUCAGCGGUCGCUGUCAGGAGGACGAGCUGAUGCUGCAGGCGGUGAUGAAGUCCAACCCUGGCAGCGACUACAUCUACGUGGUGGACACCAGACCCAAGCUGAACGCCAUGGCUAACCGGGCGGCGGGUAAAGGCUACGAGAACGAGGACCACUACACCAACAUCAAGCUGCAGUUCAUCGGCAUCGAGAACAUCCACGUGAUGAGGAGCAGCCAGCAGAAGAUCAUCGACGUGGGCGAGAUGCGAGCUCCGUCCAUGUCGGACUUCCUGUGGGGUCUGGAGAACUCGGGGUGGCUCAAACACAUCAAGGCUGUGCUGGAUGCUGGAGUCUUCAUAGCCAGGGCGGUGGCCGAUGAAGGCGUCAGUGUUCUGGUCCACUGUUCUGACGGAUGGGACCGGACCGCCCAGGCCUGCUCUGUGGCCAGUAUCCUGCUGGACCCGUUCUACAGAACCCUCAGAGGAUUCAUGGUGCUGAUAGAGAGAGACUGGGUUUCCUUUGGACACAAGUUCUCUCACAGGUACGCUCACCUGGACGGGGAUCCUAAGGAGGUGUCUCCGGUCAUAGACCAGUUCCUGGAGUGUGUCUGGCAGCUCUCAGAACAGUUUCCGUGUGCCUUCGAGUUCAACGAGCGCUUCCUCAUCACCCUCCACACCUACAUCUACUCCUGCCAGUACGGGAGCUUCCUGGGGAACUGCGAGAAGGAACGCCGGGACCUCAGGCUUCGUGAGCGGAGUCACUCGGUUUGGCCUCAGCUGUGGAAGGACCGAUCGGACUACAGCAACCCUCUGUACCAGGCCGAGCUGAGCCAGAGCCAAGGAGUGCUGAGGCCCAACACCUCGCCCUUCUACUUCAAAAUGUGGAAGGGUCUCUACAACCACGUGGAGAAGUCGGCGCCUCCUCGCCAGUCGCCUGCCGACUACCUGUCGGCCGUGAGGGAGGAGUCUCAGCAACUGGAGGAGGAGCUGACCAAUCACCAGGAGAGGAUAGCGGCUCUGACCGGUCGUCCAAUCACGUGGGAGAAGCCGUGGGUUCCGAGGAGGAGGACUAACCGGCUGCAGCAGCGUCACAGCGGGCCGGACCCGCCCACCACCCACACGGAGCCAAUCACCAGCCACGGCCAUGUCCCCUCCUCCUACCAGCCGGCCAAUCAGAAGACCCGGAGCACAGACCCCGCCCUCACUCCCCCCCCAGACCCCGACAGCGACCUGGAGUCCGGCGUGGCCGACCUCAGCAGCCGGUCGUCCAGCGACGGGAAGGAGGCGGAGCUAGAGUGAGACUGGGACUGACUGGGAGGCUGCUGAUUGGUCGAUUCAUCCUCAGUUCUCUCACCUGUAAUUCCUCUUUUUCCAAACGAAGGACAAACUCACCGACUCUUCCUGAUGCCAUUUUAUAACUCGAUUUUUGUUGCACGACCAGAAGAGCUGCUCUGUCUUUAAUUUAACUCCAGAGUUAGUUUUUUUUACAAACUAAAACAAUUAAAUUAAAUUAAACACUCUGAUGCUUCACAGCUACAUCUCCAUGGUAACAGAUGCUACGGAGCUAGAUCUCCAUGGUAACCGAUCUCAACUGAGAGAAAAUGCGACUUUUUCCUUUUGUUUCUGGAGUUAAAUUAAAAAUGGGAUGAAGCUGUAGCUGGUUGGACGAAUCCCCACGGACUGCAGGAGACCGAAUCAUCACAACGUUUCUUCAACAAACACCUGAAGCAGCUUGUUUUAGGACUUUCUUUUGGAAGAUUCGCUGAGCGAGCGGUUAGCUCAGCGUCCAGUCUGAUGGACUCCAUGUUUAUUCUACUGUCAGAAAGCUCGACUAGAAGCUGAUUUAAAGUCUUAUCUCUGGGAAACGAUCAAAUUUCUCAUGUAGUGGCAGUGAGGUCCAUGUUUCUGCCGUUAACGCUUCAUAUUCUCCACCUGAACCCUCGUGGGUGAAUUUACCUCCAGGUUUGGUCUUGAAGACGUGAAAUUCAUCCUCAGGAACGUUCUGUCUGCGUUGAUACCGACGUUUCUGAAGAUAGUCCUCCAGUCAGACCAGAAACAGCUGCUGAGUUUGGAGGUUUAACGGCAGAAAAAUUCCUCAUUUUACUCGUUAGUUUUGUUUUUAGCUGUUGAGGGAGAACAGAUCUACAGUCUGAACCAAAUGUGAACAAAUGUAAAAGUUUACCACGACAGCUGGAGCAGAGGUUUUCUUCUGUCGUUUUAUGUGCAAUUCUUUUUAUUUGGAAGCCAUUUAUUGUUGUUUUUUUAACUGAUGCUGUGGGGCUUGGUUGCCAUGGUAACCGAUGCUUCACAGUGAGAUCCUGUCGUUUUAUGUGCAGUUGUUUUUGUUUUAAAGCCAGUUAUUGUUGUUUUUUUUCUUGCUGAUUUCAGUGGAAUCCAGUCGGGUGACAUUUAGUUUUGCUUCCAGCUGAUCUCUGACUCUACAUUCCCACUCUGGAGCAGCAGAAGCACAUUUUUGGGGUUUUAUUCUGAUAAAUCUGUGAGACGACUCCCUAUUCGAACCCUUGUUGUAUUUAAAGCAGACGGACACUAAAGGCGUUCCUUCUGGAGGUUCUCCUCAGUAGAUCUACUGUAGCUGUAGUGUGUCUGUGCAGAAUGUGUGUGUCCUGUAUCAUCCAUGUAAACGAUCGAUCAAUAAACUCACUGUUAAAGGGACCAAA